CUCUAUCUCUGAUGAAUAAAUAAAUAAAAUCUUAAAAAAAAAAGUUUAAAGAAAAAAUCUUGAGACUCCCCCCUUUGGCUCAUGGAUCACUUAGAACUGUGCUGUUUAAUUUUUAAGUGUUAACUUCCCGCCGUCUUUCUUUUCCUGAUUUCUACUUUGAUUCUACUGGGUCCAGAGAACAUAGCCUGUGUGAUUUCAGUCCUUACAUUUGGUAAGUUUUACGACCCAGGUUAUGAUAUAUCUCGGUACGUGCCCCGUGGGUGUUUGAAUAGAAUGCGUACCUCGCUGUCUCGGGGCGAAGUGUUCUGUAGUUGCUGAUCGGCUCAGUGGUGGUGCUGAGUACACACGGGCACGCAGACAGGCCCUAGGGGCCUUGCGGUGAAGGACUCUGGUUGUUUCCUGGCUUACUCCGGGAGUAGUGCCUCCGCUUGCCACCUCUCCCCGGGACAACUCUGAGGGGCACAGUCUUUGCGUCACUUCAACAUGGCCGCCCGCAGGCCUGUGUGGCUAAUGGGCGCCGCCAUGUUGGCGCCGAGUCAGCCAUUGGGGGGAGGGCCGAUUUUAGCAGAGAGCCCUGUUGAGUCCGGGAGACCUACCGCCGAGCAGCCUCCACUGAACAUGCGCACAUGCAGGCGGCGGCGUAAACAAUCCCGUAGCGACUAAGAGCCAGUGAGAGAAGUCGGCCAGAUUUAGUCACCGCCUGAGGUAAAUGGCCACUGUCUUGAGAGAGCGGGGGUGAGGGGCAGAUCUCAGCCUCUUUUGCAGAAGAGCCAGAAAUGACUAAGUCCCUGGAAUGUGUUUUUCAGGGAGCAGUGUCAUUCAAGGAUGUAACAGUAGACUUCAGCAGGGAGGAGUGGCAACAAUUGGACCUUGCUCAGAAAAGCCUAUACAGAGAUGUAAUGCUGGAAAACUAUUUCAACUUGAUCUCAGUGGGGUUUCAAGUUCCCAAACCAGAAGUCAUCUUCAACUUGGAGCAAGAAGAGCCAUGUAUGCUGGAUGGUGAAAUCUCAAGUCAGAGCUGUCUCGAUGGGGAUAUUGGUUUUGAAACUUCACAGCAGGGAAUGACUGAAGAAGUUUCAAUCCAGUUUGAGAGAAUUAAUCUCUUCACAAGAGAUGACCCAUAUUCCAUUUUAGAAGAAUUGUGGCAAGAUGAUAAACAGACAGGGAGAUGUGAGGAAAACCAGAACACAAGUAUAACACAAGUUCCCUUUAACAACAAGGGAACACUAUUUAAUGAGAGAGAUUGUGAAUAUAAGGACAUCGGGAAAAUUGACCAUGUAAACACAUGCCUUGUUCCUGCAAGAAAAAGAUUCCAGAGCUAUGAAUCAUUGGGAAGGAGUUUGAAGCCUAUUGUAAGCUUAUGUGAUUAUAGAAACAAUGCAACAGAAAAUCUUGAUAAGAUUAUUGGAUGUGGUAAUAUUUUCACUCAUAUGAAUUCUCAUACAGAAACGAAUGCUUGUGAAUAUAACCAGUAUAAGAAACUUCUGAGUCAUAAGCAAGCUCUCACUCAACAUCAAGGAAUUCAUACUGGUGAGAAUCUCAAUUUAUUUUCUGAUUAUGUAAAAAUUUUCACCCAGAAGCCACACCUCUUCGGACAUCAAAGUAUUUAUACUGAAGAGAAACAGCAUGAAUACAGCAAAUGUGAGAUAGUCUUCACUCAGAAGCCCCAACUUGCUGUACCUCAGAAGGCUUCUAUAGGCAGGAAACCCUGUACACGCACUGAAUAUGAGAAGGACUUGUCCCUCAAGUCAAAUCAUGAGAAAACUCACACUGAGGAGAAUCACUGUAAAUGCAGUGGAUAUGGAAAAGCCUGUAUCCAGAAGUCAGAUCUGUUCAGAUGCCAGGGAAUUCAUAUUGGAGAAAAACCCUAUGAAUGUAGUGAAUGUGGGAAAAAUGUCUCUCAGAAUUCAAACCUCAAUGAACAUAAAAAAAUCCAUACUGGAGAGAAACACUUUGAAUGUACUGAAUGUGGAAAAGCCUUCACAAGGAAAUCAACUCUAAGUAUGCAUCAGAAAAUUCAUACAGGAGAAAAACCCUAUGUAUGUGCCGAAUGUGGGAAAGCCUUUAUCCGGAAGUCACAUUUUAUUACACAUGAGAGAAUUCAUACUGGAGAGAAACCUUAUGAAUGCAGGGACUGUGGAAAGUCCUUUAUAAAGAAGUCACAACUGCAUGUGCAUCAGCGAAUUCACACAGGAGAGAAUCCCUUUAUAUGUACAGAAUGUGGGAAGGUCUUCACUCACAAGACAAAUCUCAUUAUACAUCAGAAAAUUCAUACUGGAGAGAGACCUUAUAUAUGUACUGAAUGUGCAAAGGCCUUUACUGACAGGUCAAAUCUCAUUAAACACCAAAAAAUUCAUACUGGAGAGAAACCCUAUAAAUGCAGUGACUGUGGAAAAUCAUUCACCUGGAAGUCACGGCUCAGGAUACAUCAGAAGUGCCAUACUGGAGAGAGACAUUAUGAAUGCAGUGAGUGUGGGAAAGCCUUCAUCCAGAAGUCAACACUAAGUAUGCAUCAGAGAAUUCAUAGAGGAGAAAAACCCUAUGUUUGCACUGAAUGUGGGAAGGCCUUCUUCCACAAGUCACAUUUUAUUACCCAUGAGAGGAUUCAUACUGGAGAGAAACCUUAUGAAUGCAGUGAUUGUGGGAAAUCCUUCACAAAGAAGUCACAACUCCAUGUACAUCAGCAGAUUCACACAGGAGAGAAACCCUACAGAUGUGCUGAGUGUGGAAAGGCCUUCACUGACAGAUCGAAUCUCUUUACACACCAGAAAAUUCAUACUGGGGAGAAACCCUAUAAAUGUAGUGAAUGUGGAAAAGCCUUCACUCGGAAGUCAGGCCUCCAUAUACAUCAGCAAUCUCACACUGGAGAGAGACACUAUGAGUGUAGCGAAUGUGGGAAAGCCUUUGCAAGAAAAUCAACACUAAUUAUGCAUCAGAGAAUUCAUACAGGAGAGAAACCCUAUAUUUGUACAGAAUGUGGGAAGUCUUUCAUCCAGAAAUCACAUUUAAAUCGGCAUCGGAGAAUUCAUACUGGAGAAAAACCCUAUGAAUGCAGUGACUGUGGGAAGGCCUUCAUUAAGAAGUCACAACUCCAUGAACAUCAUCGAAUUCACACAGGAGAGAAACCAUUUAUAUGUGCUGAGUGUGGAAAAGCAUUCACCAUCAGAUCAAAUCUUAUUAAACACCAGAAAAUUCAUGCUAAACAGAAACCCUAUAAAGGCAGUGACUUUAGGAAAGCCUUAAACUGGAGGCCACAGCUCAGUAUACAUCAGAAAUCGGAUUCUGGGGAAGUGGAGUGCCCAGCAUCCCAAUCAUGGUGUGGGGAUACACCGUAGUGAGAGGCUACAGCUUGAUUAAGAAGCAGGAGGUAAUCAAAGCCACCUUACCUCUGGUCAGAAGUAUGAAUGUCUGGAUCACAGAGCUGAUGUCCAGUUUCACAUAUGGGGGAGACACUUGGAAGAAAGUGUUUAAGCAAUGUGUGAUGGCCGUGCCUAAUUACUGGACAGAUACUGGGAUUGUCAAGCCCCUGCAAAUAAUAGUAAAAAUGCAAGGAGGAACUUGGCAGUCUUUCUUGUUACAUGUUAUGGAUAAGCAGCUUUAUAAAUUCAGGGCUGUAUUCAGUAUUGACCAAAGGAAUUUCUUAAUGAGUAGAGUGCUGAGUAAAUUUUUCAUUGUCUAAGGAUGCUGAAAUGAAAGCAAAAGUAUAGACAAUUCAAGUCUAUAAUGAAGAGAAGCCAGAAGUUUUUGUGAAAAUUGACAUUAAAAACACAAAGAAAGGAUUCUUUUUUUUCCGCAUUCAGAAAGUCAGUUAUUUAUUGUUUACAGUAUCAGUAUGUGGAAAUUGGUAUAAACAUUUUCUUAUUUGACUUUGAGAUUGGCAAAUCAGAACCACAGGCUUACUUGAAUAUUCACAGGCCUCUUUAGGUAACCGGUAUGUUCCCUUGUUUAUUAAUUCCCUGCCAUCGCCCAGGUAACUCACGCCUAGGAGACAAAGUUUUUCCAGCUUGUAUCCAUACCUAAAGUGACCAGUGAGGUAAAUAGCAGCCCUAUAGACUACUUACUAUCACCUUAGAACUAGCUCUGAGGGGCGCCUAGGUGGCUCAGUUGUUGGGCAUCUGCCUUCGGCUCAGGGCAUGAUCCCGGAGUUCUGGGAUCGAGCCCCACGUCGGGCUCUUCCGCUGUGAGCCUGCUUCUUCCUGUCCCACUCCCCCUGCUUGUGUUCCCUCUCUCGCUGGCUGUCUCUCUCUCUCUCUGUCAAAUAAAUAAAAUCUUUAAGAAAAAAAAAAAACUAGCUCUGAGUCCACAGGACUUAAGUCUCAGGUCGCAGAUAUAGCGGUCGUCACUUUGAACAUUUAGCCACAUCCACGGAAAUCUCUUUUUUUUUGUUUCCAGAUUUCUGUUUAGGAAAGAGAAAAAUUAAGAGAAUGAGUUAAAAGAACCUAGAAUUCUUUUCUUCCAAUUUUGUUAAUACGUUCUCUGCAUAGUCAUCCCAUGCUAGGUUACCACUGGAUGCUACUGUUUGCAUUUGAGUUUGUCUUCUUAAAGAACAGAGUUGCACAUUUGAAAGAGUGCUCUUCCUUUCCCCCCCCAAUCUCUACAAAACUGUGUUUUCAAACCCUUUCUAAUCUUCCACACUUAUUCCAUCAGAUUCUAAAGUGUUUUAUCUUCCAGAAUAUUUGUGAAUUUGUGUCUCUUAGAUCAACCUAUUUUUGUUUGAUUUAUUUUGAGUCUUUGUUUUUACAUACAUUCAAAUUUAGAAUCGUCACACUCUUCCUGGUUAAUUGAAACUUAAUCAUUAUGAAGUGUCCAUUUUUAUUGCUACUGAUGGUUUUUUUGCCUUAAAAUUGACUACAUCAGAUGUUAGUAUCGUAUGUACUCUUCACUUAUUGAAGGCUGAUUUAAGUUAGUAUCCACACCACUCUGGAUGAGGUGAGCAGCUACAAAAGUAGUUCCUUAUUUCCCUCCUGACUUACAUGGUAUUAAUGUUAGGCAUUUGGAUUUUGUAAGUAGUUGAUGUGGUCAGUUGUUAUUGUCUCGGAGUCAGUAGUCAUCUAGAUUAACCCUCAUACUUACCCUUUUAUUCCUUUAUUCCUUAAGUUUCACUCUAGAGUAAUUUCUAUUCUGACUGAAGAAGACAGACCCUUUAGCAUUUCUUUUGGUGUGUGAUUGCUAGUGACAAAUUUUGUUUCUGUUUCUUGGAAAAUGUCUUUGUUUUACCCUCAUUUCUGAAAGAUAUUUUUACUGAAUAUAAGAUUCUAAGGUGACAGUUAUUUUCUGUUAGUAUUUUGAAUAUAUUUUGUUAAAGUUUGUGCUUCACUGUUUUGUUGGAAAAUAAGCUUUCAAUGUAAUUACCUUUGAAGGUAAUGUGCUUUUUUCCCCUUUUCUCUAGUUCCUUCAGAAUUCAUGCCUUGUCUUAAGCUGCCAACAAUUGCACAGUGAUAUGCCUAGGUGUGAUUUUCUAUAUAUUUGUUUGGGGGCUUGCAGUGUUUUUAAAAUCUGUAGCCUAGUGGAGUUUUUUUCUUCACAUUUUGGGAAAUUUUUUGCUGUUAUCUAUUCAAAGUAUGCUUCUGAUUCAUUAUCUUCCUCUGCUUUGUCUAGAAAUAACCCUAUUAGUUACACCCCAUUAACCUUUUUCCAUUGGUUCUUUAAUAUUUCAGUGAUCCUUGUCUUCUCCUAUACCUGGUGAUUUUCAAUCAACUACCAGACACUACAUAUUAAAAAUUGUAGAGAUACUGAGGUGGUGUGGAUGAUACCUUCUUCCAGAGAAGAUUUGCCUUUGACAUUUAACAGGUGACUAGGCGAGAGCAUGAACACCCCUGUUUGUCUUCAUGCAGUCAUGUAAUGAGAGUAUGUAAGACUGGGCUCCAGUCCCCACGAAGGCUUGUCUGGCGUUUUUCACUCUUAUUUCUAGGGGAUACCCUAGAGACGUAGACUUGGGGAGAUUGCCAGGUGCCUCAUCCUGGGAAGGAACUUAAUUCUAGUAUUUGUACCAAUAGGUCCCAUAAAUUUGUCAAAAACUGUCUUAAACUUUCUUGGCCAACAUUUGCUUUUAAAAUUAGCAGACACCUCUUUUUAAUAAAUAGCCCCAAAUUCCAGAGGUUAUGUCUUAUCUCUAAUCUUAUUCAUGCAGUUUCUCACUUCUUGGUAGCCCUCCAGUGCAUAAUAGAAUUAAAUAUAUUUCAUAUUUUCUUCCACCGUUUUUAGUUCUCAAAGAAAGUACUGGUCUAUACCACCUGCUCUGUCAUUAGCAGAUUCAAUGCACUGAGAGUUCUUUCUAAGGAGUGUGGAAUUCAGAAAUAUAUAUUUUUUUAAUUAAAACUAAAAAAUGAAAAUCCUCUGAUUUGUGACACUAUUCCCAUUUUUUUUUUUUGGUUGGUAGAAGUUAAGGCAAAUAUUUACUGUUUUGUUAAAGAUUUUGUAAACUUUGAUACAUAAGAGAAAAUUACUUUUGGUGGUGUCAAAUUUUAUUAUGGAAGCUGCCAAACUUUAGCAAAAGGAGAUCGACUAAGAGACUCUUCAUGCUUCUUUUUUAAUAGUGUGGUAUUUUUUUUCCUUUGGAUAGUAAAUAGGAAGUGAAGUUAAUGGAGACUGGUCUAAGAGCCCAGGGUUUUGAAAAUAAGGAUUUCAAAGAUUAAUUUAGAAGGAUUACUGAGAUAGUGAUUGUCAACCUUUUUAUUCCCAGGCACAUUUUAUUUACUUUUUAAAAAAUAUUUUAUUUGAGAGAGAGAGCAGGGGGAGGGGCAGAGGGAGAGGGAGAAGCAAACUCCCUGCUGAGCAGGCUCCAUCCCAGGUUCCUGGGA